AUGUCGUGCCUCUCCCCGGAUGCAACUACCACCAUCACCUCCCGACCUAAACUCACCCUCCAAACAACCGCUUUGCCUCGCACUUUUGGCAGUUCGACCACUGGUCUGUCUUUCGCAUUUGCUGCGGCGCCCGCAGCCUCCCCGACAGUUCGAAAUACCUUCAAAAAUGCCUAUGAAGUCGCAUCCCCAUCCUCCGCGACGAGUUCACCCUCCAAAGCUACCCGCUUCAACCCCAAGCCGACACCUCCCUUCAUCCACUCAACCAACAAUACUUCCACCCGCAAUAUUUAUCAACAACCGCUAGGAGUGCGCAGUAUUUUGCGCAACUCCCCUCUUGAACCACCCCGACGACGAUCGGGCUCCAUUUCCGCGGGCGGCAAUGGUCCCAGCACCGGUACCCGCCGGGUCUUUUUCCCAGCCAAGAAAUCAGUCAGCUACAGGUUUCCCCUCGAAGAAGAGAUUAGAACGGAACGAUACACGGCACAGCAUUUGGAUCUCGUAACGGAGGCAGUGCACGAGGCAGACACGAGACCCCCACCUGAAACCCGCCCCGCUGGUUCGAAACCCGAAGAGGAUUCUGAAGAGAACAAAGAGGAUUCAGACUCCAGUGCCCCGUCGGAGGUCUCAGCUUCUGAUGAUACUGGCGAUGAAAAACCCACAUCGCUCACCAAGACCGAGCGCAAGAAGAGGCGCACCUUGCAAAUCGACCGCCAGGUCCGCGCGGUGGCUUUACUGGAUGGCUUCGAGGCCGAUGGCUCAUCGACCCCUCAGACCCCACGACAGCCCCGUGCUAAGCGCCGUCGAGAAUGGAAAUGGACACUGGGACCGUUGGAUGGACCUCCCAACCCUGCGCGCGACGUCUCAGCGUCUCAGACAUCGCCGAGGUUGGAGUCCGCACCGGACGCAGAAUCCCGGUGA